AGCAGUUUCACCGGGAGCGAGUGAGAGACACAACAAUCCGCUUAACCUCAAACAACACGAUAUCGGAUUUCUAGGUGGACAUGGCGUCCAGGGUUUUGGGGGAGUGAGACGAAUUCCUCAAGAAGAGACAUCUCAUGGCUGCUACAACCGGUAGCGCAUCUGGAACUCCAAGACCAGGCUGGGUGGCUUUUUCCGAUGAAGAGUCACAGGCAGAUGAGGACAGCCUCCAGCCCUCCUUUGACCAGGCUGUGAUGGACUCCUCUUGGGAGGAAGGACCUUUUGUGUCAGCUCAGAAGCCAGAGAAUUUGACUUCCUGGGUCCAUUUUGAUGACAAAUCAUGGUCACAGUCUCCUCCUCCGCCUACACAGGUAAAAGGUCCCAGACACAGCAUUUGCUCUUCGGCCAGCUUCUGGAGCAACGUCCCUCCGUCAGAAAGCAGCUGGACCACCCAAUCAGAGGAGCAGGGGUCCAUGGGGGCGUCUUCCUGUGACCUGCCCUCUCUUAACGCAGAAGAGCCAGCCGGUCAAACACCUUCCGGCCCUCACUCUCCUGAUUCCUCUGUGUGCCAAGAAGAUGACGGAAUGAACAUGGAGCCUUUCAACUGGACAGCCAACAACCAACACACUAAUGGCCAAGCAUAUGUCACCCCCAACCACUUUGCCAGCUGGGUCACAUUCGAUGACGAUCAGGACUCUGCGUUCCAGCCUCCAGGGAGGCCGUCAACUAUAAAACUAGACAACCUAAACAAUUCUCCACUGCAGGAUGCCAACAGCAACCUGAUUUCCUCAUCCUUUUCCAGUCGUGUGACAGAAAGACACAUCCUGGACUUGACCCCUGAUUGCACCAGUUCUGUCUUCGCUUACGAUAACGCACUGUUGAACAAGAGCGGCCCUUACGACAAGAAGAAUCCUUUCCUGGAUGAUGACUUUUCAAGCCUGCAACCCUCUUCUAUUAACCCUUUCAGUGCCUUCUUUGACACAACCGAGCAGACUGCACCCCAGGUCAUUGGUCUGUCCUCGGAGUCACCUGAUGUCUCCGCAUUUAGUUCGCCGUUUUUUGCGUUUCAGGACUGUAAUGUCAGAAGAGACUCUAAUUUGCUUGCGCACAAGGGAAUAGAUACUGAAGACGGUCUAGACCAUCUAAGGAAAAUAUACAUCUCUGACCCCGACCGUGAUGGCAGUCCUACCCUACCAGACGAUUCUGUGGAGGCGGAGGAUUCAGUUGACUCCACCUACGAACCAGACCACUUGAUUUCUAAGGAAGGCUGGCCCAUGCUUCUGCGCAUCCCCGAGAAGAAAAACAUCAUGUCGUCACGACACUGGGGACCCAUUUUUGUCAGAUUGACGAACAGCGGCCAGCUGCAACUUUUCUACGAGAAAGGCCUAGAAAAGCCCUUCAAAGAGUUCCAGCUGAACUCCCAGCAUGAGAUAUCCGAACCCAAGCUCCAGAACUACGACGACAAUGGCCGUGUUCAUACUCUUAGCGUAGACCAAGUGGCUUACAAGGAGAAGAGGAAGAUCCAGCCCAAGGUCAGCGUGGUUCAUAUGCCGGUGAGAGACCAAGUCGUAAAGCUUGGGACAGCAAACUACCGUGACUUCUUGAGCUUCCGUCAUGCCCUCCAGGAGACGCUUGGGAGCCUCUCUGUGGAUAAGAAGGAAAGUUGGCCUUCAACAUACACUGAGGAGGAGAUCUAUGUGGAGGUGAGAGAUAACUUCUAUGGAGUUCUGGCCAAAGGUGACAGUCGUAUCCUGGAGCAGCUUGUUUUGACCCGUGUCAACAUGUUAGCCUUUCUCAACGGCUCUCCACCUUGCAGUAUCGGUCUCAAUGAUAUCCAGGUCAAAGGUAAAGAAGUCGUUUCCCGGCACGACAUCAUUCCUAACACGACGUCUCGUUGGAUUCAACUGCGGGAUUGUCGACUUCAUGAAUGCGCGGACCAGUCGGAAUUCGCAGAGUCCCGAGCCAUUACGUUUUGCCCCCCUACCAGCCGUCGCUUUGAGCUUCUGCGUUUCCGCACGGCGUUCGCAGAAAAAAGCCUCCCGUUCACUCUCAGAACUGUUGCUAACAUCAGGGGUGCCGAGGUUGAGGUUCAGUCCUGGUUAGUGAUGUCGACGGGUUUCUCAUCCAAUCGGGAUCCUUUAACAUUGAUACCAUGUGAGAAUGUCGCUAUCCGUUACCCCAUACCUGAAAUUUGGGCGAAGAACUUUAGACGGGAGAGCGUGACGGGCGAGAAGUCACUGAAGGCUCGUUUCAAUAAAGGAGCCAGCUUUGGUUCCACCAGUGCUUCGGGGGCGGAACCCGCUAUGAGAGUCACACUCGGCACGGCAAAAUACGAGCAAGCCUUCAAGUCUGUGGUGUGGAGGAUUAGUCGACUACCAGACAAGAACUCAGCACUAGGGCAUCCUCAUACUUUCUUUUGCCGGUUGGAACUGGGAUCAGACUGGGAGGUUCCACCUAAAUUUGAAUGUCUGGUGGAGGUUGAGUUUGAUAUGCCGUCUGCUUCCGCAUCUAAAGCCACCGUACGCUCUCUGUCUGUGGGAGACAAGACUGACUUGAAGAAAUGGAUCACUUACAAAUCACAUUAUGCCUAUCAGGUGGCAGUGGAGUAUAAGAAUGAGAGCGUGUUGGACAGCCAUCAGGACGAGACACCCGGGAAGUGUACUCAACAGUGAGAGAGUCUUUAUUUUAAGAGGGCUUACAAGUUGCACUUUGAUGACCGAGAGAAAGUUCAGUACCGCACUGAACCGUUUACAUUUCUUUCCCAUUUGGACUUUUUUGUAAAGAUGUUAAAAAUUAAAUUGAGACUUAUUCAGUGAGAAUGGUAUGUACAAUGGAAAAACUCGACGCAGACCAUAAAAUAGAUUAAUGUUUCAAAUACGUAACAUAUGAACUACUUCAGCAAGUCCUUAUCAGAAAUUUCAUUUUUGAGACUUUGCUCAGCCCAGUCAAUAUCUUCUCGCAGUCAUUCUGGGAAAAUAACUAUAAUCAUCUUUGCUUAUUUUGAUACUGUUUAAAUUCUUUCUGUAUAUUUUGGACUAAGAUAUGAAUAGUAAUUUCUGAGAGUUGCCAGAUUAAUUUCCUUGUUAUUUAACUUUGUACAGAGGAUAAGGAGGUACUCCUAACAAACACAUUUCAGAGCUUGUUUUAGCUGAAUUAGAAGACACUAAUAAGUAAAUAUCUUUUGGUCACUGAUUUCUACUUUAAUUAUAAAGACUAGUGGGACAAAAACGUUGUUGUAAUGCUGAUUGCUUCGAUUUGCAUUGUUGAGUUUUAAAUUCCAUUUGCAGACAUUUAAGAGCAACAUAAACUUUUAAUGUAAAUAUCAUUUGCGUUCCGUUUUUUGUUUGUUUUUCUAACACACAACAUGAUUUUUAUGAUGCAGAUGAGAGCCCAUUGAAAGUUUUAAAGCAGGAUACUGCUUCUCAUGGAUUUGAUAGAGGUUUCAUUAGGAAUAUAUGAUGAAUUUCAGAUAGCUUGUACUUUGCACGUUAUAAUGAGUUUAACUCGGUCAGUACAUUUAACAUGAGUUUAAUGUUAUAUUUGAUCCAAGGUAAUUCAAAGUGCUUUACAUAAAAUGAUUGACAUAGGAAAAAUAGAAUUCAUAAUGCAGAAGACAUAUUUAAAAAGCAGAUGGUUUAAAAUUACAAAUACAUCUUUGGAGUUUAAAAGACAAUAUAUUUAAUGAAAAAUAUUAUUAUAUGAAAAGAAUAAAAUCAUAAGGAAGUAGAAAUAGAAAUGAAAGUGCAAUCUACUGUAAUUUUCUUUAUGGUUAACAGUUUUCAAAUAAUUGCUUUCAGGUUUAUGAAAAAGUUUUGUGUACUGCUUAAUUUUAAUUUUGUUUUCUGGUUAAAAUGUUUUAACAAACUUAAAUUUUAUUAAAUCAAUGCAACGUGUUCUUGUCUCAAAAUUAUCUGUCAAACUUUAGUUAAUCUUGAUUUCAGGAUGUUGUGAUAUUGUUAUCAGAACAUUUCAGAAUAAGGCCGUGUCCACACUUGACUUCAUUUUUGACAUGGAAAAGUUGACAAUAGCGCUUUUUUCAUUUACGCUUGCAGCGUUGUGGUUAAAAAUAGCAGCUGGUAAUAUUCAAAGAUAAAAUUUGGGCAUGACAGUUUAGAGAGACAAACAGGAUUCAUAUGAUCACAUAUUUAAAAACUUCUAAACUAAUUUCUCACUAGAAAUCCAAUUAGAAGUUAUAGUAAGUGAAAAUUAAACAUAAAUUUAUACAAAACUAUGCUCCAACGGAUGUUUCGUCUGCCAUUUUUUUUCCAGCUUGAGCCUUAUUGACCAAUCACAUUCCUUGCAUGUUGAUUUGAAAACGACAGGUCUCCUUCAUUGGUUAGCUGGGAAAAAGGUGAUUUUGACGUAGGGCGUUUAUUCAGAAAAGUUUAACUUUUUUCAACCUCAUAAGACGCUCUGAACUGCAGAAAAAGACGCUGACGCUUAAAAAGGCUUUUUUUUAAACACAGUUUACUCCGUAGGAUUAUAAUGUAAAACAGAUGCUAGGAGCUUCAAAAUGGAGUCAAGUGUGAACACGGCCUAAGACAUUUUUGCAGUGUAACUGAUUGAUGUCAGGAUUUUACUGAUAUCAGCAGGUUUGCCAGGUCUUUAAAACAAAACCAGCCCCAAUGGUUAAUCAAAACUAUAGCCCAUCGACAACAGUUGCCAAAACUCCAAAAAUGCAUAGUUUACUGUAAAAAAAUUGGACUUGGUAAGCCUUGAUGUCAUAGAUGUAAAAACCAUAUUUUUGUAUUGAUUGUACUGGUUUAUCUUGUUCAUGCACAGUGCUAAUCAGGAGCAGUUGAAAUAAAAUUUAUGUAUUUUUUAAACAGAA